AAAGCACACAGGCUUCUGUCUCUGUAGAUUCUGAUUAUUCCUUAAUUAAUAUUAAAAUGGCAAUUUAUAGAAUUGCAAUUGGAUCUCCUAGAGAGGCUAGCCACCCUGCUGCAAUUAGAGCAGCAUUUGCAGAAUUCUUUUCUAUGGCCAUUUUUGUUUUUGCUGGCCAAGGCUCUGGCAUGGCUUACAACAAACUUACCAACAAUGGACCUGCGACCCCUGCUGGUCUCAUAGUUGCAUCAUUAUCUCAUGCAUUCGCGCUUUUUGUGGCGGUUUCUGUUGGGGCAAACAUGUCUGGUGGUCAUGUGAAUCCUGCAGUCACAUUUGGUGCUUUCGUAGGAGGAAACAUAACCUUGUUGAGAAGCAUUUUAUAUUGGAUUGCACAAUUGCUUGGUUCUGUAGUUGCUUGCAUUCUUCUCAAUUUCUCCACAGGUGGAAUGGAAAUAUCAGCUUUCUCUCUAUCCUCUGGUGUAUCUGUUUGGAAUGCAUUGCUUUUUGAGAUUGUGAUGACUUUUGGGUUGGUAUAUACAGUUUAUGCCACAGCAGUGGACCCAAAGAAGGGGAAUGUGGGUGUUGUGGCCCCAAUAGCAAUUGGUUUUGUUGUGGGUGCCAACAUCUUGGUUGGUGGUGCUUUUGAUGGUGCAUCAAUGAACCCAGCUGUAUCCUUUGGGCCUGCUGUGGUUAGCUGGACUUGGACUCAUCACUGGGUCUAUUGGGCCGGCCCAUUCAUUGGUUCAGCCACUGCUGCCAUUCUCUAUGAUAAUAUCUUUAUUGGUGAUGAUGGUCAUGAACCUCUUUCAAAUAGUGACUUUUAAAGUCUUCUUUUUUUGAAAAAGAAAUAUUUAUUGCAUAACAACAGAACCAUGAGACCAUCCCCUCAUCCUCAUGGAUAGGCAUACAUGAUUGGUCCCAAGACCCCAUUGCAUAAUGGGAACAAAACAGAAAAACAAAAAAAGGUAAAAAUGAAUGAAUCCUUUGAAGUCUUAUUUAAAGUCUAUUU